AUGAAAGAAAAUUAAAAAUUUGAUGAAAUAAAAAUUUACAAGAUAAUUUAGAGAUUUUAAAGAUGUUUUUUGUAAAAAAUAUUUCCAACUUGCUUUUUAAAUAAAUAAAAUAGAUAAUAUCAACAAUAUAAGAAAAAAUUGUAAAAAGUUCUUGAAUUGAUGAAAAAUAAGCUUAUUAAUUUAGUGUAGAGACAAGCUUAUGUGAUAAUGAUAAUGUUUUGA